GCGACGGCGCGGCGCCGGGUACCACUCGCUCGCCUCCCACCUCCCUAUUUUUAGCCGCCGCAGUCCGGAGCACGUGACGGAGGAGGCGGGGCAGCGGGCGUCCCGCCCCCACGACGCGGCGCAGCAUCCCUCAGAGCGCCGAGCCCGAGCCCCUGGGCCUGCGGCCGCGGCGAUGAAGAUCUGGAGCUCCGAGCACGUGUUCGGCCAUCCCUGGGACACAGUGAUCAAGGCGGCCAUGCGGAAGUACCCUAACCCGAUGAACCCGUGCGUGGUGGGCGUGGAUGUGCUGGAGCGCAGCGUGGAUGGCUGUGGGCGCCUGCACAGUCUGCGCCUGCUCAGCACCGAAUGGGGGCUGCCUGGCCUCGUGCGUGCGAUUUUGGGAGCCAACAGGACCUUGACGUACAUCAAAGAGCGCUCUGUUGUGGAUCCGGCUGCCAGGAAAAUGGAGCUGUGUUCCACCAAUAUCACUCUCACGAAUCUGGUGUCAGUGAAUGAGAGGUUGGUGUACACACCUCAUCCGGAGAACCCUGAAAAGACUGUGCUCACUCAAGAAGCCAUCAUCACUGUGAAGGGGAUUAGCCUGGGGAGCUACCUGGAAAGUCUAAUGGCCACCACGAUAUCCUCCAAUGCAAAGAAGGGAUGGGCUGCCAUUGAGUGGAUAAUUGAACAUUCGGAGAGCGCCAUAAGCUAACGGGUCUGCACCCAUGCCUGGUGACACAAGGGGCAGUCACAGUAACUUCUUAACCUGUCAGAUGUCUCACCAAAAAGAGUCAAAGAAGAAAGGAAAGAAGGAAGCAUGGCCGAGUAAAGAGGACGAGAGGCAAGUGUGGAUGUGGCUCCCGCCAAGUCUGGAAGAGGCGUCUGCUGGAAUCUUCCCUGCCCACGAUGACCUCCCAGUGCAGCAUCAGGCCCAGGCACCAGCUCUGUGAGGCUGACUGUACGAGGUCGUUUCGUGGGAGUAGUGUGGAGCUCUGGUCUGCUGGGCUCUGCUGUAGGCACUGUGCUGUACGUACUGUGCUGGGCAGUACUGGCUGCACUGCCCCUGCGUUGCUUUUAAGCUUUUAUUUGCUUCUGGAAGGAGUGUCACUUCUGUGUGCUGGCUCUAGUCACUCCACCAAAAGAGAGCUCCCCUUUCCUCAUGCCCUGCCAGCUAAGCUGGGGUAGGUUCCUCAAACCUUCCCCAGGGGCCUGGCUGCUGCACUCUGUUCCUGGUGGCGCUAUGUCCUUAGAGUGUCCCACUUGCCUCUGUGAAGGAGAAUGAGAAGUUGCUCUCUGGCCCUCAGGAUCCCCAUCAUGCACUACAUCCAAAAACAGUUCGGGAGCUCUCUACACAGGCCACCAUGGGUUCCAGCAGCAACUGGAAUUUUCAAACUCAAGAGUGACCUUGAACACUUCCUCCUGCUUCCCCAUUCCCAAGUCCUGAGAUUAUAGACUUGGGCCACUAUACUUGACUCUUUUUGGUUGUUGUUCUUGAGACAGAUCUUGCUAUGUAGCCCUGGCUGUUCUGAAACCCAUGGCAUUCCUCCUGCCUCAGCAUCUCAAGCGUUGGACUCACAGGUGUGUACCACCAUGCCCAUUAUGGGAUUCUUGUCAAGUCCCAACUGUCUUUUUAACAGGUUUGCCUGACAAGCCUGGCUGUCUCUUGAAGCGGGUGGGAACCUCCUGCUAUUUACAAAUUGCUGUCCAGCCAAUCCCUCUCCACACCCUGGGGUUCUGGGGUCUUGCUUGGGUGUGAGUGGUGGCUUUGUGCUCUUGUCCUAGAUUGAAGCCCCUCCCUAACACCUACAUUGCCUUCCUCAGAGUUUCUGUGUUCCUCAUUUUCUAGGCAGUCUUUAGUCUGUCAGUGUUUCAGUCAGGGCCAUGAGCAGGAGGUACUACCGUCUUCUGUUCUGAGACAAAGUCUCUGUAACUCAGGUUGGCCUUCAACUCACUGUAAAUGAGGCUGACUUCCUCCAUCUUCUUCCACCUCUAAGGAAUUACAAGUGAGCACUGUCAUGUCUGGCUUUCUGCCACCUUUAAAUCAAGGUUGUUUAACACACACACACACACACACACACACACACACACACACACACACACACACGUCAUCUAUGUUUGUAGUUUUAAAAAGAGGUAUUAAAUCUGUUGAAUAGUAGAGACCUCUGCUCUCCCUCUGAUGAUCCACUCACUAUUUUUAGAUCCUUCUAGAACUUUCCUAUGCCUGUGAAAGUUGAUGUCUUUUCCUUUCAUUAAACCUGAUUCAAACUGUAA